GCGCCGCGGGGCGGCAGGCGUGGGGCGGCAGGCGUGGGGCAGGCGCCGCGGCGGGGCCGCCAUGUGUUCCAUGGGCACGCUCAGCAUCCUGCGCAGCGACUCCUACGCUGACCUCAGCCAGUACCGGGACCAGCACUUCCGGGGCACUCGGUACGACCAGGAGCGGCUGCUGAGGAAGAGCUGUACGCUGUACGUGGGGAACCUUUCGUUCUACACCACGGAGGAGCAGAUCCACGAGCUCUUCGGCAAGAGCGGCGACAUCAAAAAAGUCAUCAUGGGGCUGGACAAAGUGAAGAAAACCGCCUGCGGCUUCUGCUUCGUGGAGUAUUACUCAAGAGGAGACGCAGAAAAUGCGAUGCGGUACAUCAAUGGAACCAGGCUGGAUGAUAGGAUCAUAAGGACAGACUGGGAUGCGGGAUUUAAGGAGGGUAGGCAAUAUGGUCGUGGAAGAUCAGGGGGCCAGGUCCGUGAUGAAUAUCGGCAAGACUAUGAUGCUGGAAGAGGUGGCUAUGGCAAAACGGUUCAGUGCCAGUGAAUAGCAAAUGACUCAUCAGCCUCACAGGAGAACUAGAUCUGCAUCGUAAUGGCACAAAAUAGUUCUAUUGGAAACAAAUGUAUGUAGCUGCAAAUUCACAGUGACUACUCUCCUUGUUCCUGUGAUCACACAGUAUGUUCAGUAUUUGUUCUGCUCUAAUACCAGGAUCCAAAGCAUUGUAGAGCACAUUAAUACGGAGGCCCUGGGGGCAAGGUUGCACACAAUAGUAUGUUGUGAUGCUUUGGUCUUUAAAUGCUGCUGUAACUACUAAACCUUAAGAAGAUUUAAUGAUAUGGUGCUUUGUUUCACUGGCAAAACUUGAUUAACACUGGAUUUUGUUUACAUUGGUAGCACGGGGCAGGGAGCCACAGUAGAGAAGGCUUGGCGUAUGUUUCAGAGAUGAAAGAAAAAGGCAGAGCCUGAAGAGAAAGUGGGAUUUCUAGGGAAUAUUUCCAAUGACUUGAAGUCUCUUGCAGAUUUUCUGGGAUUAGCAUCCUUUUACACUGAUGCUGUCCUUAGCAAACCUAUGUGAAUAGCCCCAGUAAAACAGAUUGAGCCCAGGAAUCAUAGAGUGAGAAGUAAGCCCAGCAGAGAGUCCCUUGCAUUAUGUUGUGAUUGCACCAUUCAGAAACGUUUCUCGUUGUUGGAGAUAGAAAACAGCAAAUACAAUAAUUACAUCAGCAGUUUUUUUCACAGUUGGAGUAGAAGUAUUUUGCUUCUGUCUGGUAGUUUUCUAAGGCCUUAAUAUUUGAGGGGUAGGUUAUUUCCUGUGCAUACAGAAAUGGCCUAGGUUCUGUAGUUAGCUCUGCAAACAGGAUACCUGAUUCACUGUGCAUAAGAAGAAAGUUGCUUCUCAAAAUACAUUUUCCAUGUGAGAGACUUGGUUUCAGACCAAAGUAAGAAUAAAUAGGAGUUUUGGGAGGAGCCUUGCUUUCUGCAUGUGGAGAUGAUUAUUUUCUUUCUGGGUCCUAUUAAUAUUGUUAUACAAUGGGACUUUGACGUACUGUAGACGUAAGAAUGAAAAGAACUGGUGCUCUCACAAUCUGAAAUUGACCUGCUGACAUGAAAUGGUUUUAAAGGAGCUGUCCCAGAACUUGGGAGUAUUUUGUAAGUGUACUUUUGAGUUCUUUGGAAAUAGCAGUUCAUAAACUGCUGUUCAGAUACCUUUUUGUCGUUGACUCCCUCAAAACCUUACAGUUACCAGAUGUGUCAAAGUUGAUCUUUAGUCACUGAAGAUACUGUUGGAAAUCUUGAUCUGUUUCUUGUCUAUGCUUAGUCAUAACUGUUAAAGUAAAUUCCAAACAGACUGGAGCAGCACAACUGCAAUGAGACUUUACUUACAUAGGAAGUGAUGUUUUGAGAGGGCUUUGGCUUGCUUUGGCACACAGAGUAAAACUAGAUUUUCAGGAUGCCUUGGUGCUGUCUGGAAACAAGACUUUGAACAAAGUUACCUUUUUUUGUAAAGUACAUUGGAUGAUGAGUUUACAGCUUGUCAGCUGCUCUAGGAAACCUCUGAAGUUCAUGUUUCAUUGUAUCGAUUUUGUAUUAAAAAUUAAUCACAGAAACUCUUAAGUCACUUUAAAAUAAAGAUGCAACAUGAAAA